GUGCAGAAAUGCGGAUUUCCGGAAAGGGUUCAUAAAAGGGCUCAAAGCGUCUGCGAGAAAGUCGUCAAAACACUCCAUUAUUUGACAGACUAGCCCUAAACCCUCCCGGACUGUACGGGAGCGCGCAUCACACUCUGGAGUGUGUCGACGGGUACGCGCUCACAUAAACAGCGGAUGGUCAGGGGCUACGAGCUAGCAGGCUAACGCCACGUGACAUUCCUGCCCAAUCAUGUGAUCGACCCACAUCCUGCAUACUGCCGUCGACAACUUUUCUCCCAAGCAAAUCCCCAAAACAAACGAACAUGGCGGAUUAUGAAGAACGGCAGAGCCUGCUGGGAGAUGACAACGACGGCGUGUCCGCGGCUCCAGGACCCGACAGACGGAUGUCGUCCAUCUCGAACCCCAGCCACUUUCUCCACCGAUUGGUGGUCCUGGUCUUCAUGUGCCUCCUUGGAUUCGGAAGCUACUUCUGUUAUGACAACCCGGCUGCUCUUCAAACCGAAGUCAUUCAGGACCUGCACCUGAACACGUCAAAGUUCAUGCAGCUGUAUGCCUGGUACUCUUGGCCCAAUGUGGUGCUCUGCUUCUUUGGGGGAUUUCUGCUUGACCGGGUUUUUGGCAUCCGGUUGGGGACCAUCAUCUUUUCACUUUUCGUCUGUUUCGGACAGGUAAUAUUUGCUACUGGAGCUUUAGUGAAUCGUUUCUGGCUGAUGGAAGUUGGACGCUUCAUAUUUGGUAUUGGAGGAGAGUCCUUGGCCGUGGCCCAGAACACCUAUGCGGUCAACUGGUUUAAAGGAAAGGAGCUCAAUCUGGUGUUUGGCCUUCAGCUGAGCAUGGCUCGCCUGGGCAGCACGGUGAACAUGAACAUCAUGGGCUGGGUGUACACCAAAGUCACAGACCUCGUGGGCUCUCCUGGACACACCGCGCUGGGCGUGUCGCUCAUGAUCGCUUCUGUAACCUGCCUGUUUUCUCUCAUGUGUGCCUUGGUGCUGGGAUUCCUUGACAAAAGAGCCGAGAAGAUCCUCCAGAAAGAAGGAAGAGGAGCCGGUGAGGUCAUCAAGUUGACGGACGUGAAAGACUUCCCCUUCCACCUGUGGCUCAUCUUCAUCAUUUGUGUCUGCUACUAUGUGGCCAUAUUCCCCUUCAUUGGACUGGGACAGGUGUUCUUCAUUGAGAAAUUCAACUUCUCCCCAGCUGAAGCCAGACUGGUCAACAGUAUUGUGUACAUCAUCUCCGCCCCUGCGUCGCCCCUUCUGGGCUUCAUGGUUGAUCGGACGGGGAGGAAUGUGCUUUGGGUCAUGGUCGCCGUGGUCUCCACGCUCGCUGCUCACAUGAUGCUGGCCUUCACCUUCUGGAACCCGUGGAUCGCCAUGUCCCUGCUAGGCAUCUCCUACUCCCUUCUGGCCUGUGCCCUUUGGCCGAUGGUGGCCUUUGUGGUACCGGAGCAUCAGCUGGGGACCGCCUAUGGCUUCAUGCAGUCGAUCCAGAACCUGGGCCUGGCGCUCGUUGCCAUGGCAGCAGGAUCCAUCCUCGACAACAGAGGAUACCUGGUUUUGGAAGUCUUCUUCUGCGUCUGCAUCUGCUUUUCACUGAUGGCGGUGGUGACGCUGUACUUUGUGGAUUACCUCCGAGGAGGAGAUUUAAACCUGUCAGGCGCAGCCAGAGCCAAACUCCAUAAAGAAGCCACUACAGACGCAGAGUGAUGAUGAUUGAGGGAAUGCACAAAGGCCACCCAAGAGCCGUCAAUCCACUGCCACUGGGCGGGACUGCACUACUGACUCCUCCCACUGCUGUCACCUGUGGCCCAUCAGAUCUGACUGUCCAUGUGCUGACGGCUUAUUAUGUCCUUAUCGGGACACUGACAAAGGACACAUCCCGGUUUGGACUCCACAGUUCCUCUCUGACCGCUCAUAUUGGAUUCAUCUCCUCCAAUAACUCUGUGUUUUAUUCCCCUCCGUCUGUGCGUUUGCGUGUCAGUCGUCCCGUCGGCUACUAAAGGAAGUGGCUUCCAAAGGGUUUCAAAUGAAAAGCUGAGACUCCGGUGGAAAGGUGACUAUUUAGAAUAUAUAGGCCUAGAUUUGAUGACAUGCUAAUUAAACUCGCUUUGUAAGAUUCAUGUGUUAAUUCAAUUGUUCUAAAUGUAAAUAAUGUAAUUUUUUUGAUGUUUUAUAAUAGUUUCCAAAGGCGCUCAGUUCUUUUGCCUUAAUGCACCAAUUAAUGUACAUAUCAGCAUUCAUAAUUACCAACCCAAAAAUUUCUUGCUGGGCUUUCCUUAGAGAGAUCUUACUCAAUUUAAUCAUCUGCAUCAUUGACUUUUUUUAUGGUGCAAAAUCUCAUAAAGAGCAUAGCUCUUUAUUUUUUAAUAUAACUCAAUUUUUCUAUUUCCUAAUUCCUUUAUCUGCUCUUUGCUGGUUUCGGGGGGUGCGUAAAGAUAUAUUUUCCGUUUCAUCAUGAAAUGGUACAUUACUAUAAGAACAAAAGAAAAUAUUUUGUAUUUCUUUUUGUAGAGUUUUUGAUUGUUUUUCAAGCUCAGGUAAUUAACUUGUUGUCAGCAUUUCCCCCAAGUUGUUGUUUUAUUCACCUGAACAGUGAGACAAAAUAUGCACUGUUUGUUGAUCUCUCACCAUGCCAGUUAUGUAAACCAUCUCCCUGUGAGCUCAUCAGACUGUGCCUGAUGAACACUCACUACCUCAGAUGGGAAAGUAUGGCAUCAAAAUGUUAGGACUACCUUAACACCCGCUGAAAAUCUUUAUAUUUUUGUUAUGACCUCCCGAAGGUCAACAUCCCAUUGUUGUGGUGAUGUAGCAGUUUACUCCUGAGGGGGGGGCACACACACACAUCUGAGAACACUAUCUGUGAUGUGGUGCAUUGGGCUCAGAGGUGAAAUGGAGGUGGUGUUAAGUUACUCUUUAAAGGCCAGCACGUGUAAGAAGACUUGUGUGUGUGAUUGCACAUUAAAAUGACCAGCCUCCUCACCUGUCGUUUAUUCACACUAUGUGGACGUGACGGCAGGGCAAGUGUUCACUGUUAUUGAGCUGUCGACAAGAAAUGACAGGAUUGAGAAAUUACAGGAGAUCUAUUGUACAAUAAAAGUAGGCAUGAUUAAAAAAGUCUUGUAUCGCAAUAUUAUUCAUGAAAUGAUUAAAGAACUUUUUUCUUUAAAGCA